CUUAAGCGCAAACUCAGAGCAGCUAUUUGCAUGCUUUUUACUCUGACCUUUGACCCAAACACCUCAGAGCUGCGGUUUGUUUCUUGUCAGGUUUGAUCUGAUGGAAAAGAAGCUCAGAUCCUGAGAACACCUGGAAAUACCUGAAGAUACCUGCUGCCGUUUGUUGUUGGGAUGGGGUUCACCGAUCUGUUGGACGAGGUGGGUGGGUUUGGCAGGUACCAGUGGAUCCACGUGACCCUGAUCAGUUUACCUGGUUUGCUGAUGGCGAGUCAGAACCUGCUUAACAACUUUGUCUCUGGAGUCCCUGCCCACUACUGCAGCCUGCCAGCCAAUCACAGCUUGACCAACAUGUCGCAUCUUCACCAGGUGGAUGAGAAGCAGCUGCUGAAAGUGUUCAUCCCUCCCGAUUCUUCAGGAAAAAGACUGGCCCGUUGCAGGAGGUAUGUGACACCUCAGUGGCAGCUGUUAGCUGCUAACAGUUCUGCUAACAUUAGCCAACUGCAGACCGAAGACUGUAUCGAUGGAUGGACCUUUGACCAGUCAGAGUUCUUUGCCACCACCGUCUCUGAGUGGAGUCUGGUCUGCUCGCUCCGCCCUCUCAAACAGAUGAUUCAGACCAUUUAUAUGGGUGGAGUUUUAACGGGAGCCAUAAUCUAUGGGGGCCUGUCAGACAGGUUUGGGAGGAGGUCUAUUCUGAUCUGGUCAUACCUGCAACUUGCUGUGCUUGGCUGUAGCUCCGCCCUCUCCCCCACAUACUCCGCCUACUGCAUUUUCAGGUUUUUGAGUGGGAUGGCGGUAUCUGGGGUCAUCCUCAACGCAGUUUCCCUAAAGGUGGAGUGGAUCCCAACCAAGUCAAGGACAGUAGUCGGCACGCUUACUUCCUUUUUCUUCACCUUUGGCCAGAUGGUUCUGGCUGGGCUUGCCUAUUGGCUGAGAGACUGGAGGAAGCUGCAGUUGGUUGUCUGUGCACCUCACUUCCUGUUCUUCGCCUACAGCUGGUGGUACUCAGAGUCAGCUCGUUGGCUUGUUCUGAAUCGGCGCUCUGAGGAUGCAUUGAAGAGUCUUCACCGAGUCGCUCGAAUCAACGGGAAAUCAGAGAUGAUCGAUAAGAUCACCACUGAGGUGCUCCAUUCUCACAUGAAAAAAGAGAUUGAGUCGGCUCGUUCAACAUUCACAGUUUUUGACCUGCUGAGGACACCAGGGAUGAGACGCAUCUCCAUUUGUCUGUUGGCUGUCUGGUUCUCUACUAGUUUUGCAUACUACGGUCUGGCGAUGGACCUGCAGAAGUUUGGGGUGAGUAUUUACCUGAUGCAGAUCAUCUUUGGGGCCGUAGAUAUUCCUGCCAAACUGUUUGCUCUGGGCACGCUCAGUUACCUGGGGAGGCGGGUCUCUCAGGCAGGUUGUCUGUUCCUGUCAGCCGCCAUCAUCUUUGCCAACAUCUUUGUCCCCACAGAGAUGCAGACUCUGAGGACCACGCUGGCCUGUCUGGGUAAAGCUUUCACCUCGGCCUCCUUCACUACCGUUUACCUGUACACCGGCGAGCUGUACCCGACUGUCAUCAGGCAGACAGGGAUGGGCUUCGUCUCCACCAUGGCAAGAGCUGGCAGCAUGGCGGCACCUGCCGUCCUCAUCCUAGAUGAGGUACUCCCUGUUUUGCCCAGCUUGGUGUAUGGCGGCUCAGCCGUGCUCGCAGGCUGCUUCGCCUGCUUCCUGCCAGAGACCCUCAAUGUGCCACUGCCUGACACUAUCGAAGACGUGGAGGCCAAGUGGUCUGGCCAGAGCUCCACCUCCCUACAGACGGAGUGCAUGUCUCUAAAGAAGGGUGUGGUCUCCAAGGAGGGCAUGGCUUUAAAGGAGCUUAAGGAAACAGAAGGAAGUGGCCUCAACAUGCUCUGAACAAUCAGAUGGCACUGCAUCAUACAGUCAAGCCCAGUGCCAAUGGGACUGACUGUUGACCAAUCAGGUGCUGAUGUUUUAAGAGGGACCACUGAGGACAUUGAGAAUAAAUUAAAUGCUGAAUCAACAAAGGUGAUUAUUGAUUGAUCAGAUUUGAAUGAUCAGAUCAUAACAGGAGCCAGUGAUAACGACGAAUCUUAAAUAAUACACUCAU